AUGGCUGAAUCCCACAGAUUAUACGUCAAGGGCAAGCAUGUCUCUUAUCAAAGAUCCAAGUCGGUCACCAAGCCAAAGUGCUCUUUGAUCAAGAUCGAAGGUGUGGACAAUAAGGAAGAUGCUAGAUUUUACUUGGGUAAGAGAAUCGCAUAUGUUUACAGAGCUCCUAAGGCCGUCAGAGGUACCAAGAUCAGAUGUAUCUGGGGUAAGGUUACUAGAUCUCACGGCAACUCUGGUAUAGUCAGAGCCCAUUUCAAGCACAAUUUGCCACCAAAGACCUUUGGUGCUUCUGUUAGAAUUAUGCUUUACCCAUCCAACAUUUAA